ACACAGGAAGCAGCAGCCUCGCGCGUAACGGCCGACCGUUAUAUUUUUAAAACUGCGUCAUCUGCAGCUUCUGUCAAACGCUCGCGGUCCGUCUCCGCCACAGUGACCCCACGGCGCGCAGCGGGUAGCGGUAGUAACCAGGAUAAACAGCGUUUUUAAGCUCAGGUUGUGUCGGCCAAAUCAGAUUAUUGGGAAGGUAAACUGGAUUCUGACGUAAGCGCUUUAAAACCCCGGUGGAGGAGCGUCGCAUGUGCAGCAGCAGCGGCAGCAGCAGCAGCAGUGGGCGAGGAGGAGAGCGGCUAGUUCCACUUGAAGUCAACAAACCCUCCUCUCUCCUCUCUGGUUCUCACUCCUCCCUCUCUCAGGACCUGAGCAUGACUCCUCAGAUCCCUCGCUGCGACUGAACAAGGACGGACGAGCGCUGGGAACAUGGCUUCGUAUCUGCAGAUCGCCGAUGAUGAGAAGGGCCACGAGCUGGACCUCUUCUGCGUCCCCAGACACUACGAGAACGACCUGGAGAAGGUGAUCAUCCCCCAUGGACUCAUCAUGGACAGGACAGAGCGCCUGGCCCGGGACAUAAUCCGGGACAUGGGGGGACACCACAUCGUCGCUCUGUGUGUGCUGAAAGGGGGCUACAAGUUCUUCGCAGACCUCUUGGACUACAUCAAAGCACUGAAUCAGAACAGCGAUAAAUCAGUCCCGCUGACGGUGGAUUUCAUUAGGGUGAAAAGCUACUGUAAUGACAAGUCAACAAACAGUGUCAAAGUCAUAGGCGGGGAUGAGCUGUCGAGUCUCUCAGGCAAGAACGUUUUGAUUGUGGAGGAUAUAGUGGAGACGGGAAGGACGAUGCAGACGCUACUGUCUCUGCUGAGUGAAUGUAAUCCCAAGAUGGUUAAAGUCGUAAGCCUUCUGGUGAAGAGGACCCCGAGGAGUUCAGGGUACAGACCAGACUACAUUGGUUUCGAGGUGCCUGAUGCCUUUCUAGUGGGUUACGCUUUGGACUACAAUGAGUACUUCAGAGAUCUCAGUCACAUCUGUAUACUGAAUGAUCAAGCGAAGGAGAAGUACAAAGUGUGAGAAGUGCUGCAGAGGCGAUGACUGAAUCUAUGAAGACUAGGACCACUGUGAUGACCCUCCUUAGCUUUGCUGUGUUUUGGAUCUUAUUUAUUUUUCUACAUAUGAAUCCACAAAAUGUGACUUGUGGGUUGUAAAUAACUUAAAAGAACAUUUUAUUUCCCACCUGAUUGAAGACAUGGGAUCAUUUAGUCAUAUUAUGAAUAUUUUGGUUGUUAAUUUAAUGUAUUUAUUGACCUAUGUGUAUAGACUUUACCUGUUAAUUGCAGUUGUACCUUGGAGAUUGAAUAAUUUAAUUUAUUUGUUCUGGCUCAUUAAAUCACUUGUCUCAGGCUACAGCUUUAUGUUCAGUGAACUGUCAGUCAAUUAAGUAGCCUUUUGUACAUGUUAUUUUUGGACUUAAAAAACAUAUAUAUCUUGUCAUUAUGCCAUAAAAUGACUGACUUGGAAUGUACUGUAUGUUUUAUUUCAUAUCUGAUGUGUUCAUCAAGGACCUGUUUACAGCAAUACAACUCCCGUGGAAACCUUGGAUCCUGUUUUUUGCUUAUCUUGCACGUUUUAAAA